AUGAAAGAUAAGAUUAAUUUGCAAUCAAUUAGUGAUAGUAAUGAUGAAAGUGAUGAAAUUGCAAUGAGAUCAAAAUUUUAUCCAAAUCAAUUCGAUGACGAUGAUCAAUCAAGAGAAGAAAAAAUACCUGAUAUUGAAGCUGUUGAACGUCUACAAAAUCCAGAAGAAUCAAAUAUUCAUAGUGUUGAACAUGAUCAUAAUGAUGAUGAUGGUGAUAAUAAUGAUUAUUACAAGAUCUUACGAGAUAGUGAUGAAGAUUAA